UCACCAAGCAGUUGCCAUCGGCUGUGCAAGUGCAUCGGUCUACUGCGAGCUCAAGCUCUACCUGUGGAGGACUGGCAUUGAAUCCGCUGUCAGAUGAAUUUCCUGGCCUACGUGGUUAUUACGACUCAGCUAUUCGUUGGACUGCAGUGCCACAAGUUGCCUGCCAAGGUGAGAAAAUGCCACUUCGGUGACGGAAAGUGCCUGGUGGAGUCGGCGAAUGCACUGUUGAGAGAUUUCCCAAAGGGCAUUCCCGAGGUCAAUCUGAAGCCCUUCAAUGUGCUGCCCGUGCGGAACUGGUUGCUGGUCAACGAUUCCCAGGUGGGCGGUGCCUGGUACUACUUCAACCUGAUCAACCAGAUAAACUACGGCUUUGAGAACACCACCAUCACGGAGAUCAGAGGAUUCGACAAGGAUCCCACCGCGACCAAAAUUGAAAUUCACGGAAAGAUUCCCCGGCUGGUUUACAAGGGCGACUAUGUAGCCAAGGGUAGGAUGCUCUGGUUCAUCGAUAUACACUCCCAGGGAACAUCGGAGUCGGAUUUUCUCAAUUUCCGAUUCGUUCUUUCGCUUAAAGUGCGUGUCGAGUACAGAAACAACAAGAGAUAUAUGAAGAUCUACGAGCUAGUUCCUAAUAUAAGGCUAGACCGCUGGAUUAUGUGGCUAGACAACUUCUUUCCCGACAAUGAAGACCUCACCAUAGCCAUUAACAAUCUGUUCAAUCGGAAUUGGGUGGAGUUCUGGAACGAACUGGAGCCUGGUAUUCUGCGUCUGUUUGAAACCGUCUUUUUAAGUCUAUUUGAGAAUUUAUUCGAAAACGUGCCCUACGAUGAUCUGUUCCUAUCCAACGAAGACUCAAAGUUAUCUUAAGUGUAGAACUAACUGUAUUCUUAAACGUAACAUAAUUUCUAGUUAAUAUAAAGUAGGUUAACGAAUUUGCCCGAACAUAUUUGUAAAUGUUGUGCUAAGCUUACCUUAUUAUACUGGUAUUAUACCCUGUAUGAAAUUAGUUUGAGGGGAAAAAUGUAUAUAAUAUGAAAACUGGUUCUCGAUUUAUGCGCAUUUUCUUUGUUGGCCUUUUAAAAUUGCAAUUGAAAUAUAAGAGUCAUACUUGUUAUAAAUUGAAUGUUUAUUAUCCAAUUGACUACUAAUGGCAAUACAAGCUAAGAAACAGUGCAAUACAUGAUAUUAGAUUUUAUUAAAGCAGU